CUAUAAAGGCUCCUGCAGCUCUUCCAUGAUAAAGAAAGAGGCAACAACAUUGUGUGGAAGAAGCUCAAGAAGCCAGGCAUCCAGUCUCCCACCCCGCUAGGCUCCAGAUUCUUUCCAAGAACACAUACGUCUUGGCCACAUUUGGGAUCCAAGCGUCUUUUUUACCAGCCACAAAGAGGCAGAUCAAGAUGCAGAAAAGAAACAUUUGCCUUAUGUACUGGUUGCUGUUGCAUCUCCUACUUUUGGAAUAUGGCAUAACCUCCGUUAGUGGGAGCACACCUAGCCCAACUUCCAGUGAACCCACCACAGCCAACACUGGACCCAGUGCAACCUCCAGUGGGACUAGGACAGCCUCCAACACUAUAGCCAGCACGACCUAUGGUGGUACCAGCACAGCCACCAACUCUGGAUCUCAAGUGACCUCCAGUGGAUCCAGCACAACCUCCAAUACUGAAACCAGCAUGACCUCUGGAGGGACCAGCGCAACUUCCAAUACUGGAUCCAGCCUGACCUCUGGAGGAACCAGCACACCUGUCAACACUGGAUCCAGCGCAACCUCUGGGGGGACCAGCACAGCCUCCAAUACUGGAUCCAGCCUGACCUCUGGAGGGAGCAGCGCAACCUCCAACACUGGAUCCAGCACAACCCCUGGGGGGACCAGUACAGCCUUCAAUACUGGAUCCAGCGUGACCUCUGGUGAGACCAGCACACCUGCCAAUAUUGGUUCCAGUAUGACCUCCAGUGAGACCAGCAUAACCUCCAGUACUGGAUCCAGCACAACCUCCAGUGGGACCACCACGGCCUCCAACACUGGACCCAGUGCAACUACAGGAGGCUCUGGUACACCCUUGACAACUGGAAUAAUCACAACUUCCAACAGUACUGGCACAAGUGCUGGAACUACAGUGAAUGAAGGGCCCAGUGGGUCCCUGAAGCCAUGGGAAAUCUUCCUCAUCUCUCUGGUCUCGGUUACAGUGGCUGUGGGAUUCUUUGUUGGGCUCUACUUCUGUGUGGUGAGUGCCUAAUAUAUAGGAAAUUGCCUGGGGGGAAGGAAUAGGGAACAUAGGGAAAUAAGGUAUGAAUAGUAGGGCCACCAAGUUAGGGAUGAGUAGGGAGGAAAGAAAAAUCAGGAGAAAGUUACGAAAGAGACAUAGCAAGUUAGAACCAGAGAAGCCAAUCAAUGUGCAGAGGAAGCUAUUGACUUGUGGGAAAGGGGAGCAAAAGAAGAAAUAAAGACUGGUGGAAGGACUGCUGAAUGAGGGAAAUGGUUUAAAGGGGGAGAAGAUUCCAGAAGGAGUCCCUAGUGAAGGCUUCUCGGGAGUGGAGGAGAAUCCAAUUCUGAAAUGAUUCUGCCUUCUUUUUCUAGAGAAACUCCCUGUCCCUGAGAAAUGUCUUUGACACAGCUGUCUAUCCACUCCAUGGCCCAAACCUCGGCCCAGGCCCUGGAGGGAAUCACACAGUCCACCACCGGUCUAGGUGGAGCCCUAAUGGAUUCUGGAGGAGACCGGUAUCCUCAGUGGCCAUGGAGCUGAGAGAGAGCCACAAUGGGCUCUAAGUGGCUGCUGAAGCCAGAGAGCCACAUUUCUCACAGAGGAAGCCAGCCUGGGGGACCAGAGAUCUGAGUGUCCUUUCAUUCGUCCCCAGGAGUCCCCUCCCAGCUUUGUUUGGGUCUCUGCCAGUAUUGGGAAAGACACUUCCUCCCUCUCUCUUGCUUUUGCCAGACACUGGAAAGAGGAGACUCUGCUGGUCAUUUAGCUAAGAAAUAAACACAUACAAACUGUAUCACAGAGAGAA